AUGAAGCUCUUUACAUACUCUCGAUUGGGGCUCUUAACGGGCCAGGCCAUUGCGCAGUUAAAUGUGCCGCAAUGUCUCACCAGACUCGCCCGCCAUCCCGCCGGACUCGGACUCAAUCGACCUGCUCAAGAAUGCCAGCGCAGAACCCUGGUUGACACUCCCAAACCCUCUCUCUCAGAUCAAGUCCGCCUUCUCAUGCGCCGAGUCCCCUACCCCGUCGCCAUCAUUACAGCCACAGACCCGCAUACCCACACCCACAAGGACACCCAAAUCGAGCACUCCUACCGCGGCAUGACCGUCUCCUCCUUCAGUACAGUAACCCUACACCCCGAACCAGUCGUCUCGUUCAACGUGAAGCGACCAUCAGAGACACUCAACGCAUUAAUCUCCUCCGGACGGUUCCUCGUGCAUCUACUAGCACCCGCGAAACCGACAGCAGAUCUGGCGAGGGAUUUCUCGAGGGGGAAUCAUAAUCUGUCGAUUGUGAACGGGAAGGGAGAUUUUGAGUUUGUUGCGCAUGCGCAAAAGGUGAAUGAGAAUGAGAGCGACAGGCCUCUUCCGCUGCUGCGGAGGAGUGGGCUGCGUAGCCGGGAUAUCGUGGAUUUCCCGUUUGUUUUUGAAUGCAGGCUCCUUCCGCAGCAGAUGGAGGUGUUUGAUCACACAAUUGUGUUGGGUCAUGUUGUGGAUACGAUUCUGCAGCGUCCGUUGGAUGCUGAGGUCAGAAGCCAGGCAGACUCUGGCGAACUGUGCUUGACGUACGCUAAUACCAAGUUCUGGGAGAUGGGCCAUGAAAUCAAGUGA